UGGCAGUGGCAGAGGUGUUAAAGGCAAAAUUCGCUGAGAAGGAACUUUAAAUAAAUAGUGGAGAGGAUGAGCGGCAAUAGUCUUAAGAAUGUGUUGGCUGCUGCUGUCAUAACAGGGGUCACCGAAGCCAGGGCAAAGAUCUUUGGACAUGUGUUGAACUCAACAGGACAGAGAUCUCCCCACAAGCUUUUACGCAAGAAGCUCAUUGGUGAGAAAGUUUCACAAUGGUACCCAUAUGACAUAAAAAAGGACGACCCCCUUGUCAUGGCCCGACAAGAACAAGAGCGCUUAUCCAAGCUUGAAAUGUUGAAGCGGCGUGGCAAGGGACCUCCCAAGAAGGGACAAGGAAAGCGUGCUGCCAAACGUAACAAGUAGAUAUAGUCCCAUCCAUGCCAUUUGAAUUUGGUUGUAGUUGAUAUUUUUAGGAGAUCUUGUUUGGUGAUACAUUGUUGCUAAAAAAAUUUGUAGAAGCUGCAAAUUUUAAUCGACUUGUAGAACUUGGGGAAAGCAGUAGUUCUCUGUGAGCAUCCUAUGCUCUUGUGGAAGGCUGUUUGUUGAUUAUGAUGCUUCUUUUUCUUAGCUUUUAUUUCCGUGUAGGGUUCUAUUAGAUAGGUGGAAGGAUUUUAAACUUAUGUAGUGCUCCAUCUAUUCCAUGUUUUUGCCUCCCGUUUUGCA